CGCCCCUCUCUGGAAUUCUGCCUCCCGCAGUGGCUUCGGAAGCGCCAGACACCAGGCCAUCGCCCUUUCCAAGUGCCCACUUUCAAGAUGGCAGCCAGAAGUAUGGCUGGGAUGAGAGCGAGCGCGAGGUUCUAAUUUAAGUACGUUAGCACAACUUCCGGUCCGAUUGUAACAUGGCUGCGCCCAGUGGUGGAUUCCAACCUCGUGAGCGGCGCGCCGCGGAGCAAGAACAGGACUGGGAUGCUGUGGCGCCUAAGCGACCCCGAUUCGUGGCGGGAAGCAAGAUCGGAGGCCGAAGGCUCAUUGUGGUGCUGGAAGGGGCCAGUCUGGAGACAGUCAAGGUCGGGAAGACAUAUGAGCUACUCAACUGUGACAAGCACAAGUCUAUAUUAUUAAAGAACGGACGGGAUCCUGGGGAAGUGAGACCAGACAUCGCUCACCAGAGUUUACUGAUGCUGAUGGACAGUCCCCUGAACCGUGCUGGCUUGCUUCAGGUUUACAUCCACACACAGAAGAAUGUGCUGAUUGAAGUGAACCCCCAGACUCGUAUUCCCAGGACCUUUGACCGUUUUUGUGGCCUCAUGGUUCAACUUUUACACAAACUCAGUGUUCGAGCAGCUGAUGGCCCUCAGAAGCUCUUGAAGGUAAUUAAGAAUCCUGUGUCGGAUCACUUUCCAGUUGGAUGCAUGAAGAUUGGCACUUCUUUUUCUGUCCCAGUUGUCAGUGAUGUGCGAGAGUUGGUGCCCAGCAGUGACCCUAUCGUUUUUGUGGUGGGCGCUUUUGCCCACGGCCAGGUCAAUGUGGAGUACACGGAGAAGAUGGUGUCCAUCAGCAACUAUCCCCUUUCUGCAGCCCUCACGUGUGCAAAGGUGACAACAGCCUUUGAAGAAGCCUGGGGCAUCAUUUGACAGAACCGUGUUCUGAAACACAGAGACUGCUGAUAUUGCCUCCUUGGUCCUGCUCUCAAGCAAUGGCUAGGAGGUGACCCUCCUGCAUGGAGACUAUGGAGUUGGGGAAGCCAGCCCGCACAUUUGUUAUUUGUUUAUCCUAUAAAUACUGUUCUUGCAAA